CAGGUUGCCGGCAACGAGAGUGGGUGGGGUUAAGGCAGGAGGCUGAAGCAGCGGCCACUGAGGUGGGGGGGUGUGAGCCCAGAAGAAAGCCGUCGCCAUGCGUGAGAUCGUGCACAUCCAAGCCGGCCAGUGCGGGAACCAGAUCGGAGCCAAGUUCUGGGAGGUCAUCAGCGACGAGCACGGCAUUGACCCCACUGGCAGCUACCAUGGAGACAGUGACCUGCAGCUGGAGAGGAUCAAUGUCUACUACAAUGAAGCAACUGGUAACAAGUAUGUUCCCCGUGCAAUUCUCGUUGACUUGGAGCCUGGCACAAUGGACUCGGUCAGAUCUGGACCUUUUGGCCAGAUCUUUAGGCCUGAUAAUUUUGUCUUCGGCCAGAGUGGCGCUGGGAACAACUGGGCCAAGGGCCACUACACAGAGGGAGCUGAGCUAGUGGAUUCGGUGCUGGAUGUAGUAAGGAAGGAGUCUGAAAGCUGCGAUUGCUUGCAGGGCUUCCAACUCACCCACUCGCUGGGUGGGGGCACUGGGUCUGGCAUGGGAACCCUUCUCAUCAGCAAGAUUAGGGAGGAGUACCCCGAUAGGAUCAUGAACACCUUCAGUGUAAUGCCAUCUCCAAAAGUGUCAGACACCGUGGUUGAGCCAUACAAUGCCACCCUCUCUGUCCACCAGUUGGUAGAGAACACGGAUGAAACCUACUGUAUUGACAAUGAAGCGCUGUAUGACAUCUGCUUCCGCACAUUGAAACUCACAACUCCAACUUACGGCGAUCUCAACCACUUGGUGUCUGCCACCAUGAGUGGAGUAACCACCUGCCUCCGGUUCCCCGGCCAACUGAACGCAGAUCUUCGCAAGCUGGCGGUCAACAUGGUGCCUUUCCCUCGUCUUCACUUCUUCAUGCCCGGCUUUGCUCCCCUGACGAGUCGCGGCAGCCAACAGUAUCGUGCCCUGACGGUCCCAGAGCUGACUCAGCAGAUGUUUGAUUCCAAAAACAUGAUGGCGGCCUGUGACCCCCGCCACGGCCGAUACCUGACGGUGGCAGCCAUCUUCCGGGGCAGAAUGUCCAUGAAGGAGGUGGAUGAGCAGAUGCUAAAUGUCCAGAACAAGAACAGCAGCUACUUUGUGGAGUGGAUCCCCAACAAUGUGAAGACGGCCGUUUGCGACAUUCCUCCCCGAGGCCUGAAGAUGUCUGCCACUUUCAUCGGCAACAGCACCGCAAUCCAGGAGCUCUUCAAGAGGAUCUCGGAGCAGUUCACAGCCAUGUUCCGGCGGAAGGCUUUCUUGCACUGGUACACUGGCGAAGGCAUGGAUGAGAUGGAGUUCACGGAAGCCGAGAGCAACAUGAAUGAUCUGGUCUCUGAGUACCAGCAAUAUCAAGAUGCUACUGCAGACGAGCAAGGAGAGUUUGAGGAGGAAGGAGAGGAGGAUGAAGCUUAGAGGUUGAGUAGGGUUAGUCCAUAGGCAAGUGUCCAAGGUGAGAGCUGUUCAGCUGUACCAGUGCAUGCUUUUCCAGUUAUUCUUGGUGCUUUUACUGUUGCCUCUGUCGGCAGUUUUUGUAACUUCACUCUUUAUGUAACAUUAGUUGCAAAAGAUUUCUGGGGGGAAAAGUCUUCUGUUUCAGUGUCUGAUCUCAAACAUAAAAAGUAUUUGUGUUUC